AUGGCUAAAGUCCACGGUUCCCUAGCUCGUGCUGGUAAAGUUAAAUCUCAAACUCCAAAGGUUGAAAAAUCUGAAAAGCCAAAGAAGCCAAAGGGUAGAGCUUACAAGAGAUUAUUGUACACCAGAAGAUUCGUUAACGUUACUUUGACUAACGGUAAGAGAAAGAUGAACCCAUCUCCAAACCAAUCCUAA